AUGUUUCGAGCUGCAACCCUUCUCACAGCGGCCUUGUGGCUAAGCGGCGCCAACGCCCAUCUUGCAGCUUUCCACAAAGGAAUGUACUGUUUGAAUGGUCCGCAAGCUGCGCAAGAUUUGAAUUCCUAUGCGAUUGUCUCACCUCUAUACCAGCUCAACUUUAAGGAUUGGUGGUUCCAUCAUAUCAACAACUGUGACCUAUAUCCUCCUGCAGACGGGGACUUCCUCGAGCUUCCUGCUGGUGGAAGCUUCACCGUCGAGAUCGCCUCCAACCGCGCAAAGACCACACUGGCGUACAACGGGCGCGACACCUCAGAAUGGCCAGACGGUGCGACAUACCCCGAGGACUAUUGCAUGCCCAGAAUCAAUCUAUGGCGGCCGGAACCGCAUUCGCAAUCUCGUACAACCACACCCUGGAAGCGCGUUAUCAGCUACGAUGUCCCGGCCAACUUGCCCGCCUGCCCUGAAGGAGGCUGCAUCUGCGCUUGGGGAUGGGUCCCGAACGGCUGCGGCCAGCCGAACAUGUACCACCAGCCAUUCAAGUGCAAAGUCACCGGCGCAAAGAGCACUACGCCCAUUGCACCCCCACAGCCACCCGUGUGGUGCGAGGGCAACCCAGGUGCCUGCGUCAAGGGCUCGAAGCAGAUGAUUUACUGGAACCAGAACGAGGGCAACAACAUCGCUGUCAGUGGAUACGACCUUUCAGGCAGCUUCAAGUCUCCAGCAUACAAUGCCAAGCUGGGUUUCGCUGAUGGCGCGCAGAACGAUAUCUUUGCUGGCGCUCCGAGUGCUCCCGCAGGCAACUCCGGUUCCAACAAUUCUGGCUCCAACAACAACAACUCGGGCUCGAACAAAUCCAACUCAAACAACGGCUCAGGCUCGAACAACGCAAACUCAGGUGGAAACACCGGCGCAAGCCCCGCCCCCGCCAAUCUCGCCGCAGGCGCUUCUUCCUCUGCCUCUGCCUCUGCCUCCGCUUCUUCUGCAUCCGCUGCUUCUGUGUCCAGCAGCAACGACAACGGCAACCCCGCCCCGUCUUGCCAGAAGCGCUCGAGCAGGCGCAGGAGACGCGCUUUGCUUCCCUCCCCGGAGGAGGGCGUGCUCGUCAAGAAAUCGCCCGAGCCCGAGCCACAGGUGAAAGUAGCUGCAACCACCGCGCACAGGAGGCUUUACGCGAAGAGGCAGUGGUUCUCGCUCUGA